AUGGCGGACGGUGUUCUUGCUCAUGAGGAGGUACUGCGACACGUAUACUCCUUUUUGCAGGCAUACGGCUACAAGAAUGCCUUGCUUGCGCUCCAGAACGAGUCACGCGUGCCAUUUAACAUCAUAGACGUUGUGGAUGCAAAGGAGCACACGGAUAAAAGGAGUUCCGUGACGCCUACAAGCCCUGCCGGACUAGAGCGCGCGGUUCUUGACGGGCAGUGGGACACGGUGCUUGCCAAAUACGUACAUUCGCUGCUGCUCCCCAUGGAAGUGUUGUUUGACCUGUACGAACACAUCUUUGAGGAGCUGUUGAUGCUGCAUGGCUUUGUGCAUGCGGCGAGGGCUUUUUUCCACAAUUCACCCAUUUUUGUGGCCAUGAAACACUCUUCUGCGGCUCGGUAUGCGCGGUUGCAGCAGGCGUUGGACGUCAAAAAUAAGAGCUUUGUAGAUGAUAUGAAUACGCCUGGGAGUGGUCUAGUACCUGUGGAGGUAAAGGCUAAGCGGGAGGCGUUGUUGCGGACGUUGCAGGAAGUCAUCACGUGGAACUCAGAGCCGUACAACGGCUUUUUACCCGCCGCGUUAUGGCGGUUGCUGAACGACGGGGAUGGCAAUCGUGAUGGUGCCAAAACAAACUCGCUAAAGCGACAGCGCACAAAUGAUUUUGCUGCACCAUCGAAUCUGCCUCCCGCCAUGUUUCUGCACUACCCACUUCAGUGUCCCAAGAUAAUUCGACGUAAAAUCGUCUUUGACAACGCUGAAAAACCCAUCUCAUGUGUGCAGACUAUGCUUCCAACUGCAGACACUAACGGAGACCCGUUUGCGGCACUCAUUGUUGGCAAGACAGACGGGACGGUGGAUUUCUUAGCUGUGGAUUCCGCUUCACCUAUUGUGGCCUCUGUUGGGCACACCGACGGUGUCUUGAGCCUGGCUCUUGAUACCCUGGAAGAAGGUGCCACGUGGGUCGCCGUAGGCUACCGGGACGGCAGUGUGAAGAUCUAUAACACAGAAACCCGAAAAUUGGUGCGUCGCUUUUCACAGGUUCACGGUAGUGGUGUGUUGUCCCUCAUCUUUGCAGGCGCACCAAACCCCGCCCUCGCGGGCCAUCACGCUUGGGUCGUUUCUGGCUCCUUUGAUGGUGUGAUCCAGGUGCUCGACAUCCGUGAAGGGAAGUCACUGCAACGGAUAGCGGAUGCACAUCAAUCCAAGUAUGUGCUUUCACUCUGCUCGUUGAUGGGAAAGACCAGGGGCGUGGUUUCUGCUGGAAACAAUGGGAUGCUUUGUUUUUGGUCCGUGUCUAACGCGGGGUUGAGGCAAGCUGGACCAGCCCGUGCGCUUCGAUCCAUUCAUACCUCACUGAAGGAGGAGCUUCCUAUGCGGCUGCUGCCCGUGGAGGAUAAGGAGGCAGAGGGUGAAGUGUUGGUGCUGACGCGUGGACAGCAGGCCUUGCUUUUGAGUGUUUGUUUCACGGGUGAUGCCACAAAUCCGGUCGUGGUUUCGAUGCACUGCAGCAUUUGUAUCCCGCGGCCGGUGCAUGCGGGGUGUCUGCGCGUCAUCCAAACCCCCGCCCUCGCCACCCCACUGCUUUCGCUCUUUUUUACGGACCGUGAGGGGACGAUCCUCCUCUACAACGUGGAGAUGUCGUGGCGGUUGCGUGGGGGAGCUGCAACCGGCGGGUGUAGGAUGGAACUGCGUCCUGCAGAUGAGAGCUCUGUCGUGGUGGUGGACCACGGAGAGAAGGUGGAGGACUUAAAUGUGGUCAACAUCCUUGGCACCUCCACUUCACUACUUGCCUUUUCUCCCUCCCUCUCCGCUAUGUACGUUCUCUCCUGGAGCUAA